AUGUUCAAGACGCUUUUCCUGGGUCUGGCGGCGACGAUCGCGUCGGUCGCGUCCAUGGGCAUCUGCUACGACACGUACGACUACAAGAACAUCGACAGCCACUUUAGCACGCUCGCCGGUCGCUUCUCGACGGUCCGCACCUUCCAGACGUACAUCUACAGCGACAGCCGCAACGUGAUUGACGCCGCGAGCGACCACGGCCUCGGCAUCUACGCCGGUGUCUGGAUCCGCGACGGCAUGGACUUCAACAAGGAGAUCCAGGCCGUCAUUGACGGCUACAAGCGCCACCCGAACACGGUCAAGGCCGUCUUCGUCGGCAACGAGGACCUCGAGAACGGCUGGAACCAGUGGCAAGUCAUCGACAAGAUCAACGACGCCAAGGGCCGCUUCAAGGCCGCCGGCGUCAACGUCCGCGUCGGGUCGGUGCAGACCGACGGCGGUUGGCUCCGCAGCCAGGACCUUUACAACGCGUGCGAUAUCGUCGGUGUCAACAUUUACGAGUUCUUUGGCGGCUCGCACGAAGACCGGUGGAACGCGGUCGUCAAGAAGUACGGCGGCAGCAAGCUCAUGAUCACAGAGACGGGCUGGCCGUUUGGCGGCGGCAACUACGGCAACCAAGUCGCUUCGUUUGACAACGCGGUCAAGCACUUUAACAAGGUCCGGUCCUGGAUGAGCGCGGGCCACGGCGGCGAAGACGUCAUGUACUUCAUGUUCCACGACAACAAGGGCAAAUCGCCCGACUACGAAAAGCAGUUCGGCCUCGCCGAUGCCAGCGGCAAGUGGAAGUUUGACUUCUCCGGUGCUGGUCCCGCGCCGCAGCCCAACCCGCAGCCCAACCCGCAGCCGAACCCGCAGCCCAACCCGCAGCCCAACCCGAGCCCGGCACCCCAGCCCAACCCGAGCCCGGCACCCCAGCCCAACCCGAGCCCGGCACCGCCGAGCGACAAGAAGUGCGGUGGCGUCGAGUGGAACACCGACUACCCGGGCAACGACAUGUUCAACUUUGCGAUGGCCGGUGACAUGGGCAGCCUCAUGAACAAGUGCUGCGGCAAGUGCCUCUCAACCUCGGGCUGCGCUGGCUACGCGAUCUUGAACAGCCGUUGCUACAUCAAGUCGGCGCUCGGAGAGAAGAAGGGAGCGAGCGGUGUCACGACCAUGCGCCUGCAGUAAACGAUCGCCCAUACACUACCUACACCUAUUCUAUGAGUUUCUUGAUUAACGUAUGCUGACAAUAUUAUCCAUCACUG